CUGAGAAAUGAGAAUGUUAUGCAAGCAACAUUCUUGUAUUUCUCAAACAAAGAAGCUCUCUGUUUCUCAAGUCUCAAGCACUUUCUUUGUAAGACUUUCUCUCUCUUAAGCUCCCCUUCUCAGUAAUUCCACGUAUCUUUCAGAGCUUUAAAAAGGCUUGAGCUUUGUGUUCUGUUCAUCCAAAAUUUCAGACUUUGAAGAAGUGCUGCCAUUACCUGGGCCUUCUUGUUACGGGUACAUUAUUCAGGUUCUGUGAGUGUGCUACCUGCUUGGAUCAAAUUAUUACUUGCAACUGUGUACUGUUGAAAGGAGCUUAAUAUGGCUUGGAUAUGCUGCCAAAUAAUUUGUGAAGGUAAUUGUUGAUAAAUAAAAACCAUCAUUGUUCGGUUAGGAUGGCCACGGAGGGCCUCACGAGAAUGGUGGAAAGCAGCAGAGGCAAAAAGUGGCCUUCAUCUAAGGAUGCUGCAACAUUUGGAUCUCCAUUGAUAAGUAUGGCAGCAGAGGAUUCGAGCUGCAUUUCGAAGGGGCGAAGUUUUCGGAGAGAUAGAGCUGAAGAUAUACCUAAUCGAAGUGGUAGUGCUCCACCAAGUAUGGAAGGUUCCUUUUCCUCUAUUGAAAACCUGUUAAGUCAACAUAACUCCAGUAUGGGAACAAGCUCGACUAAUUUAAGCAGCAUAGUUAAUAAUGUUGAGUUUGAGGAACAUCUGCGUUCAGACCCAGCUUAUUUGGCAUAUUAUUUAUCGAAUAUGAACUUGAAUGCAAGUCUUCCUCCACCACUUAUCUUACGGGAGAAUCAUCACAUGGUCCGUCAAAUUGGGGGCUUAGGCACCAAUAGGAAAUUGCCUUCUUUAGAUGACAGCAGCAAUGGAUCCUUGCAUCUUUCUCAAGGUUCUCUUCCCACUCAUAAGGAGGACCCUACUGAUGCUAGGUCAGCCACAAUAUCUAAAGAUAACCUGGCAGAAAAUAGUGGUGCAGUAAUGCCUGUCAAGAACACGGCUUCUUUGGCAAGUUAUAAUAAGAGUUUAGUGGAUCUCAUACAGCAAGACUUCCCCCGAACUCCAUCUCCUGUAUAUAAUCAAUCUCUCCCAUCCAGUCUUGGAACAACAGAUGAACAAACUGAUACUGAUGUACAUUCGAUUUCACCAAAUGCUUCUUCUCUCAACAAGUCAAAAUUACCAGAACCAAAUUCAGGGUCUACAAAUGAUUGUUCAGAUACAAGUUCCCUGGAUGCGCAUGCUGUAGGGUACAUACCAAAUGAUGUUCCUUUGGCUACCACCUCCCCAAGUAUUCAACAUCGUGAUGCUACAGGGAACCUACAGCAAGAUGAAUCUAAUAUUGAGCAUGAUGAUGGGUUGGGGAAUAAUGCAUCAAUUAGCGGUGAGCUUGGGUUGGAUCUUUCCAGGGUGAGAGCAUCUAAUGUUGAUAUCAACAAGCAAAAUGAGAAACAAUCUUAUGGGAGGUAUGUGCCACAAGACCAGUUUUCUACGCAACAAAGUGUUCCAUAUCAACGUCAGGGGGUUCAGACUCAAUUAGUUUCACAAGGAAUGAAUCAUUUGCAAAGUGGAAUGGAAAAUCUUCCCCAUGGCUAUCCAAAGUUCUCUUCUAUUGAUAUACAACCCUCAUUGCACUCACCUGGAUUCACACCUCCCUUGUACGCUACAACAGCAGCAUAUAUGACUUCAGGAAAUCCAUUCUACCCGAAUUAUCAGCCAUCUGGUAUAUUUCCUGCACAAUAUGGCGCCGGUGGAUAUGCUUUAGGUUCUACAUUUCUUCCUUCAUAUAUGCCUGGGUAUGCUUCCCAUGGUUCCUUUCCUAUGCCUUUUGAUGCUACUUCGGGGCCAAGCUUUAAUGGUCGAACUGCUGAUGUUUCAAGAGGGGAGAGAAUUCCCCAUGGAGGUGAUAUGCAACACCCAAGUAGAUUUUAUGGGCAACAUGGGCCAAUGCUCCAGCCACCUUUUUUGGAUCCCCUAAAUAUGCAAUACUAUCCACGCCCUUUGGAGGAUGCAUAUGGUGCCUCAAGUCAAUAUGGUCACUUGGCAUCAAGGGGUAUUGGUGGCCAGCUUUCACAGCAAGAACUAUAUAGUACUGCUUAUACGGGUGACCAAAAUUUUCAGUCUUCAAGUAUUGGUAAUCUGGGCAUUCCAAGUCCAAGAAAAGUGGGAAUCAAUGGUAGUGGUUACUAUGGAAAUAAUUCUACCAUGCCUAUAAUGACACAGUUUCCAGCCUCGCCUCUUGGUAGUCCAAUAUUGCCAUCAUCUCCAAUGGGUAGAACAAAUCAUCUUGGUCGGAAAAAUGAAAUCAGGUUUCCUCAAGGUUCGAUUAGUGGAGUAUAUUCUGGAUGGCAAGGGCCGAGAAGCUUCAGCUCGGAUGACCCUAAAAGACAUUCUUUUCUCGAAGAACUGAAAACUAGUAAUCCCCGUAAGUUUGAACUUUCUGAUAUAGCAGGGCGCAUUGUUGAGUUCAGUGUUGAUCAACAUGGGAGUAGAUUUAUUCAGCAGAAGCUAGAAUACUGCACUGCCGAAGACAAGGCAUCAGUUUUCAAAGAAAUUCUUCCACGUGCUUCAAAACUAAUGACGGAUGUAUUUGGGAAUUAUGUUAUUCAGAAGUUUUUUGAAUAUGGGAGUGCCGAGGAGAAAAAGGAGCUUGCAGAUCAACUUGCUGGACAAAUGUUGCCUUUAAGUUUGCAGAUGUAUGGUUGUCGUGUAAUCCAAAAGGCUCUUGAAGUUAUUGAGCUUGACCAGAAAACACAACUUGUGCAUGAGCUUGAUGGACAUGUUCUGAAAUGUGUACGUGAUCAAAAUGGAAAUCAUGUAAUACAGAAGUGUAUAGAAUGCAUUCCCACAGAGAAAAUUGGAUUUAUCAUUUCUGCUUUUCGAGGCCAAGUUUCCACACUUUCUACUCAUCCCUAUGGUUGUCGCGUCAUACAGAGAGUUUUGGAGCAUUGUUCAGAUGACAUUCAAAGUCAAUCUAUAGUUGAUGAAAUCUUAGAAUCUACUUACGCUCUUGCUCAAGACCAGUAUGGGAAUUAUGUUACCCAGCAUGUUUUGGAAAGGGGAAAGCCCUAUGAAAGAAGCCAAAUUAUCAGCAAGUUGAUUGGGAAAAUUGUACAAUUGAGUCAGCAUAAAUAUGCAUCAAAUGUUGUUGAAAAGUGUCUGGAACAUGGUGAUGUUGCUGAGCGGGAGCUCUUGAUUGAGGAAAUCAUUGGGCAAAUGGAGGAAAAUGAUAGUCUGUUGCCAAUGAUGAAGGACCAAUUUGCCAAUUAUGUGGUUCAGAAGGUUCUUGAAACAAGCAAUGAUAGACAGCGGGAAACACUGCUCAAUCUUAUAAGAGUUCAUAUAGAUGCUCUGAAAAAAUAUACAUACGGGAAACACAUAGUUGUUCGGUUUGAACAGCUAUCUGGUGAAGAUGGCCAAACCUCAGAAGCUGAGGGGGCAUAGGGUUUAAUCCAUUUGGCCCCAAGGGUUGUUCUUGACAGUUGCAGAAGGCAGAAGCAUUACAUUAGAAACUGGUGUUUUUAACAAAACCAGCAAAAUAUAUACAUAUUCGUUUCAGGAAUAUCACCUUCUAUAGAAUUAAAGAGUAGGAAACAUCGGGCCUACGCACCAGACUGAAGGUCUUACGUCUCCUUUCUUUUUCCAUCAUUUAAAAGUUCUAUAAAGAGUGCUAUUCUUGAGAGAAGGUUACAUUUCUGGUGAUUUAUUAAAAACUCUAGAAACUAUAUGCAAGUAAGAGAACUCAAGAUCAGCUACCAUGUCCUCUUUGCAAGAAGAAGAGCCAAAAGACAGAUGCUAGAAGCUUGUUUGAUAUUUCCAAGUAUGUAAAUGUAUUGUGUAUUUUCAAAUUGUACAUGUACAGUCAGAUAUAAUACAUCCAUGUAAAGCAAUGUAAGAAAUAAGUAUUCAUGUCUGGCCGGCCUACGUGUACUGCGUAGGGCCUAUUUCGUAGUGUGUGAAUUUGGAACGACAGAAAAAUUGCAUUGAUUUGUAAUAUGAUGUAAAAAGUUAUGGUAUGUCAUGUGAAAUUUCU